CUCAGCAAACAUCCCUCAGUCUGUUACUUGACUUCCACCAAAACAUCCGUAUUGGGCUAUAUAUUUCUAGUACUUACUAAGAACUGCAUAAUGAGCUCUAGAGCUGCCUCGCAUUCUGGUUCUUGGUACUCGGGCGACCGCCGUACCCUCACGAGCCAGCUUGAUCAAUGGCUAGCUCAGGUACCUGACAGCAUCGAGGGGUUGGGCUCUCUGCCAGUGUCUGGGGCACGUAUAGUCAUUGCUCCACAUGCAGGAUAUGCGUACUCCGGGCCUUGUGCCGCCUACGCCUACCGGUCCCUGGAUCUGUCCAAUGCGAAGCGAAUCUUCAUUCUUGGACCAUCGCAUCAUCGUUAUUUCACGAGUCUUGCUCUCCCCAAACUGACCGGCUACUAUACCCCGCUAUCUGACGACCCUCUCCCGCUUGACACCGAGCUUAUUGACCAACUCCGCUCAACCUCAGCUGUCAAGCCCGAUGGCUCAACCAUCAAGUUCGAAGCCAUGUCUCGGUCUGUCGAUGAAACCGAACAUAGUAUCGAGCUUCACCUCCCCUACAUUCAUCGCCUUCUGCAGCUGCAACACCCCAACAAGUCAACUGCAGAGUACCCCCCACUAGUACCCAUUCUAGUGGGGAGCACCUCGACAACGACAGAAGGUGCCUUUGGGGAAUUGCUUGCCCCAUAUCUACAAGACCCAGCCAAUGCCUUUGUCAUCAGCUCAGACUUUUGCCACUGGGGUCUGGACAGCUUCCGUUACACAUACUACGUCCCGCAAGCUCCCAAGCCGGGGCCAAGACUGCCGUUAUCGUCGGAUGAAUUGCCCCAACCAGACGACAGUGUGAGCGACAUAGAAGACAGAAUCGAGGUCGCCUGUGCGGGCCAUCACCUCCAGCAUAAAGACCGCAUACGGAGAGAAGAACCCAAGAUCCACGAGAGCAUCUCCGCCUUCGACAUCGCAACCAUGGCAGCAAUCGCCACCGGAAAGACCGCGAAGUUCACAGAUAUACUUGAGAAGACAGGCAAUACGGUCUGCGGCCGGCACCCCAUAGGCGUCAUAAUGGCCGCCAUCGAAGCGGCCGGGGCGCAGGACGGCGUGAAGGGGAAGUUCCACUUUGCUCGGUAUGAGCGCAGCAAGGACAUCAAGGACGACAUCCACAGCAGCUCAGUGAGCUACGUGUCGGCAUUCGCCGUGGUGUAACAAUGUAAUCGCAUCCACUGCAUCUGCUUUAGUUUUAGUUACUGUAUCCCGUAAUUGUAGAUCGCCACCGCUGCAAUCCUGAUAGAAUGAUCGAUUCUCGGUGGUAGACUAGUCAUCCUCUUUUGGGCGAUCAAACUGAAUGAUAACUGUGAUUCUUCAAAGUACUAAUUUCUGUCCAACGAAUUCUAUCCACUAUCUGUUCAGGCAGACAAAAAAUAAUGAAUCCCAAGGUCAUGACGCCUCAUCGUCUUGCCUAUACUGUCCGGCCGCAUAAGACACAAUCACCGAGUUGAAACCUCAUCCUCUUUACCAAAUGAAGCAUAACAGGCCCA